ACAUUUUAUUUACUAAUCAAUCAGCUGAUUAGCUAUUAAAAGUUUUGCGCGGUUUCAAAAAAAUGGCUAGUGAGGAAUUAUUCAGUGCCGAAUUUUCCGAGGAAAUUAUAGACAAACAAGAUGAUAAGGAGGAGCAGUUGGAAAUUGUGGAUGAAGAAUCCGAAAUUGUCGCAGAAGUCAAAGAAAUCGAAACAGAAAGUGCCGAUAUAGCUGAAGCGGCUACAGCCGAAAAGGUGAAGUCCACCAGCGAAAGUGGUGGACCAGAAGCGCGCCUAUUUCAGUUGCCACUAACACGUAUCAGAAAUUUAAUGAAAUUAGAUCCCGACAUGAAUAUUGCGUCGACCGAAGCUGUAUUUGUUGUGACACGAUCAACAGAACUUUUUAUAGAAUCGUUGGCGCGAGAGGCGUUCUCAUACACAACACAAUCGAAGAAAAAAACAGUGCAGAAACGUGAUGUAGACUUGGCUAUUUCUUCAGUAGACAGCCUGAUGUUCUUAGAUGGCGCAAUGAAUUUUUAGUAUCUAGUACUUCAUUAACGCUGUAUAAAGUGGUGUUAAUUUUAUUUAAAAAUACAUUAAGCUCAAGUUUUGCGAUUAUUAAUAAAUUUAGUGGAAGAAAAAUGUCUAAUGGCUUAAUAUCUGUUGUUUAUCAAAUUAAUCAAAUAAAUAUUAUAUAUCCUUGUA